GUGGAGGGAGGGGGGGAGGGGCCCCUGUCUUCUCCUUCUACGUAGUCGCCUUACAGGUUCUAUAUAACUGCAAGACCAAAGAGACGUACGGUAUAAGGAAUUCUUCAUUGCUGCACCGCAAAAAAAAAAAAAAAAAGGCGACCUCAUCUACGGCUUUAAAAUAGUUAAAGUUAUUUAUUUUUUUUAAAGGCGGGAAAAAGAGAAGAGGAAGUUCAAGAGCAAAAAAACAAGCGUACAUGGAAACUGCUUUCACUUUCAGUUAGGAAGUUGCAGACAUAUUUUCCUUGAAAAGGCAAAGAGCAGACGUGCUGCUGGAGACGGCGCUGAGGUUGGCAUCUUCUGAGGCACCACAUAGGCGACGAUGGCCCGGACCGUGCGAGACGCCCUGAUCACGGCCUUGGAUGAGUUGGAUGAGAAGACCUUCAAGAGGUUCCGGAACAAACUCAAUGAUUGGCCAACUGAGGCGGGCUUCAACAAGAUCCCCAGAAGCAAACUAGAGACUGCCGAUCGAGAAGACGUGGUGGAUCUGAUCUUGAGGUGGUACAUGGCUUCUUAUGGACCGGAGCUGACGGCGGAUGUUCUGGACAAAAUCAAUGAGAAGCAAGUGGCCUCGGACCUUAAGAAGGACCUGGAGACCGUGGAAGGUUUUAAAUGGAGAGAGAAGGACAAGGUGGAACCGCAAUCUACUUCAGAGGCUUCCUCCUCUUCUGCCCCCAAACCCCAGGUGGUUCCCUUUGUGGAUGAACAUCGGGAGGCUCUGAUCAGCCGCUGUGUUCAGGUGGCUCCCAUCCUGGAUGGUCUCUUGUCUAAAGGUCUGAUAAUUGAUGAAGAUUAUGACGUCAUACUCGCUGAAAAAACUUCCCAGGACAGGAUGAGGAAACUCUACACCUUCAUCAGGGGCUGGUCUCCGUCCCACAAGAAGACGCUCUAUGAAAUCUUAAAGGACAAAAAUCGUCCUUUGAUUGAAGAUCUGGAGCAGUCCUCCUAAACCGUCUCCGGAGAUGACAUCACAAAUGUAACACCCUCUACAAGGAUAGUUAAGACCCCUUAGCGCGUUGUUUUAGCGGCACUUUUCGGCCGCUGGCGGGGCACUUUUAACCCCCGCUAGCGACCGAGGAAAGGGUUAAAAGCGCCCGUGUUGCGGCGCUGCCGAAGCACUUUGCAGGCGUUUCGGCAGCGCUGCCUGUUCAUUUCAAUGGGAGCGGUAUACAGUGGAACCUCGGAUUACGAGCAUAAUCCGUUCCAUGAGAAUGCUCGUAAUCCAAAGCACUUGCGUAUCAA